AUGGCUGCACUCGAUGUCAGCUACUUCUUGACGGAAUUGAAAGACAAGCCACCCUACUUCUGCGACGUUCAGACAGCAGGCCAUGUCCCGGCUGACCCAACAUCCCAAGGUUGCGUCAGCACAGUCAAGGAAUGGAUCCGACGCUGCGACGAGCUGCACCCACGAUGUCUUCCCAGACGAGACGCAUCAACGACACCAACGAGGCUCAUCUCGGUCGGUUCAAGCUCGAAUGAGAUCAAGCUGUGCCGCUCGAGCGAAGUGCCAGCCGACGCUCGUUACGUUGCCUUGAGCCACACAUGGGGAGUAAAAGAAGAGCGCAAGAAAGCCAUGCCCUUGCUCUUGAAGGAGAACCUUUCUGCUAGAGCUUUUGGCAUACCUUGGAUCGAGCUCACUCAAACGUUUCAGGACGCUAUCAUCAUCACCAGGAACAUCGGCAUUCCAUAUGUUUGGAUCGACUCCUUGUGCAUCGUGCAAGACGACCGGGAUGAUUGGGCGAAAGAGGCUGCUCGUAUGGCAUCUGUAUACAAGUACGCCUACUUAGUCAUCGCUGCGACAAGCUCUAAGAACGGCGACGAUGGUUGUCUUCGUUCAAGAGAGCCCAGCCUCGACUUAACUGGCUCACUCAACGAGAGCUUCUACGUACAACGAGAGAUAUCCCACCGCACGAUCAUCGAGUGGCAAGCAGAAAGUAUCGCAAUGCCUCUUCUAGACCGAGCAUGGUGUUUCCAAGAGCGACUACUCGCCUCUCGGAUCCUGCACUAUACCGAAAACGAAAUGAUGUGGGAGUGCCAAGAAGAGCUCUGGUGUGAAUGCCAACUCAUCAAAUUCGACAAUCCAUCCACAACGAAACUGGAAACGUUCAAGCUCGCUCAUGCCGCAGCUGUAGCUUCGACAAACCCUGAGAUACGCGCAACGUCGUGGCACAAGGUCGUUCGAGAAUACUCACAGCGGGCAUUGACAUUCGGGACCGAUCGACUUCCCGGUAUCUCUGGAAUCGCUAGAGAAAUUGCGGUGGAAGUUGGGCGGUUGAGGAUAUCCGGACCGACUAUAGCAGCGACCCUCAAGCGCACAGAUCGUAAAUACGAAGCCAGCCGCUACGACGUUCGCUUGGAAACCUCGGAUCUUGUUCCGCCAGGAAAGAAAGCAGACGUGGAUUUCACGAGCGAUAUCGAACUGACGGAAUCCGCUGUAAGCGUGAUCAUCUUGCUUAUACAGUGCCGAACUAUCGAAGCUAUGCGUGGUCUAGCUGAAGGUCUCGUACUGGUACCGUCGAAGAUACACACUGGAUGUUGGGAGAGAAUAGGCAAAUUCUCCGGAUGGGGACUAGAGCUGUCCCAAUUGAAGGAGACUGAACUGGUCAUUGUGUAG